AGUUGACUGUUUCCUUUUGACCCGUCAAGCCUGGUUGGCUCUCUUCUAUCCUAUGAAGUUUUUCUCAGGCUCGGAGGAAUCUCUCAGUCUACGGAUUGAGUGGUGGGUGCUCCUUCACUCGGUCAUGUUCUUGGCUUUCUAUUGGUUCUUGUCACCCCUGCAGCACGUUCAGGAUGCCGAUCGCAACUCGCGCUACUUCUGGUUCAUCAAUCUCUCAACAUACUUCCUCCUUAUCACGGUAUUCCGUCAUACCGAGAGUGCCCCUGCUGGAGCUACCGUACCCUUCCGCUUCAGUAAGGUGAUGUCCUUCUUCCUACCGGCUCUUGUUCUCGGACUCCCUGGAUUCUUUAUUGUCGAGGGUGUCCUCCGUAUGAGAGGCAUCUCGAUGCGAAGAACUCAGAGGGAGUACAUCAGCAAUCUGCUCUUGAUGGCUUCGGCCCUGAGUCUUCAAUACGGUUUCUGUAAGCAGGAGGAAGGCGUACUGGGUGUUACCUCCAAUGGCUACUGCGACUAUCUUGAUAGUCCCAUCUCGCUACAGUUACCGGUCGUGAUAACCAUGCUCUUGCUGUAUGGAAUAUCGUGGCUUGUGCAGAGGAUACUCGGCCGGCGCCAUGGCUUUUUGUCUGCUGGGCCAGUAUUGGCUAAGCACCCGCAAGCUGAGGAGGAGGCCGAGAAGCGUCGAGGCCCGCACCCGAAAUUACGCAAGGCUAUGGUCUCCUGGUACAGCCUAUUCAUGACCACCUAUAUCCCGCAGGUGACGGUCAUGCUGAAGGUCUUUAUGGGUCGCUUCGAUGUAAGGACGCUUCUCGCCGCCCUGACCAAGGAGCCGGAAGACACGCUGACUUUUGAAGACCAGUCCGAUAAGGAGGAGACCUGGUUCGACUUCUUUGCUGACGGUGGUGACGGCUUCGACUCUAGUUAUACGGUGGGCCGCUUGAUAGCUCAACCAUAUCUAGGAGUCGAUGUUCCAAAGGAUGCUCCCGUUGCUGAAAAGGUGAGUAAACUCCCUAUCAGUGGGGUUCCUGUGAGAGGUCCUGGCCAAGGCCGUAGCUCUGAAUCCUUUGCGAUGAAACGCCACAACUCGAUGCCAAUUCUGGGACAUGGUGGCAAUCGUGUGAGGACGGACAGCGUCUCCUCUGAGACGCACCUUACGGGUCUACAAAGGGUUCCGUCCGACAGUGGUACUGGUCACCGCCGGAUCAUGCUCCCUCGAGCCAGUGUAGUUUUCCAUGGUGGAGACCUCGCCUACCCUGUACCGAGUCAUAAGGCUUUCGUUAACAGACUAAUACGGCCGCUCGAGUGGGCACUACCCCCGUAUGAAGAGGUUACAACAACAGAGUCGAAGUCUUCGGCGAUCGUUGAUCGGCCUCAGUUCUUUGCCAUACCAGGCAACCAUGAUUGGUACGAUGGCCUGGAGGUGUAUCUUCAUUGGCUCGUGGGCCAGGACCAUCUAGCUGGGUGGAAGCUCCCUCAGAAGUGCUCCUACUUUGCUGUGAAGCUAUCUCAUGGGUGGUGGAUCUGGGGUCUGGACCUCAGUCUCUCGUAUGAUCUAGACCGUCCACAGUAUGAGUACUUCUGUGGCCUGCUGGACUCGGGCAAGGUCAGCACCGAAGACCGUGUGGUCGUCAUUACUCACAGACCGAAUUGGGAGAUGGGGACUAUUGAUCAUGGUUGGUCCAUGACAAGUGCUACUCCUUCUCAGAGAACUGGAUACCUACUCAGUGUUCUUCUGGAUAAGAUAGGAGAGCCUCGUUUGGCCAUGCGUCUAGCAGGGGAUGUCCAUCAUUACUCCCGAUACAUGCCUUCAGUAAUAACGUUUGGGUGUCGACGCAAAAGUGGCGGCAUGAUCUCACUUUUCGUUCAGGAUGGCAGUAAAGGAGUUCCUCUAGUAACAUCAGGAGGGGCAGGUGCCUUCUUGCAUCCGACCCACUUCCCCCCGAAGGACAUCUUACAAAAGGAGUACACUCGUGUCGAGUCGUAUCCACCUGAGAAGGUCAGUCGGCGCUUGACAUGGCUCAACCCCAUACAAUUCCGCAGACGCAAUUGGGGAGCUGAUGUGGUCUUAGGGAUGUGGUACCUAGCCAUGAGCAUCUCGGCUUUACCAUUGUGCGAUGCCGGCAGGGUGCUGAAGCAGCCCAACGCCCUUCUGGGCUUGUACGAGUUCGUCGUUCUCAUCAUCGAAGCCUACGACAAGAUAUUCCGUCAAUCAUACGUGUCGCUGGUUGGACAGAUCAUAUUCAUCGCUAUGUGUAUCGGUUGUGCUGAGGAACAGAUGGGCCAAGCCAAGAGGUUCAUCGUUGGGCUGAUCCACGGCAUGUGCCAUUCCCUGGCAGCUGUAUCUGCAGUAUGCUUAGUGGAAUGCUUCUGCGAGUACCUAUCCAACGUCACACCUACUGCCUCUGGAGGAGAUGCUCUGGAGAUCCUUGAUUCGACUGAAGCCCUCAUCGUGUCCGCCUUGGGGCCGUUUUGGGUGGGUUGUGCUUCAAGUAGAGACAUCCGACUUCACCGUCCUCCCUCCAUAGGCAUCAAUGCUUCCAACACCUGCUUCCCUCAACUCCCUCCCAUCGACCGUUUCCAGUAUCUUGGAUAUCUUGGCUCGGUAUCACCCUUCCUGUACAUCAUCAUGACGCCCAUCGCCUCCUUCAUUUUCGGUGUCUACUUGGUCAUCUCUCUUAACUAUCUUGGCCAGCACUGGAACGAGGCUUUCAGCUCUCUUCGCAUACAAGACUACAAGCAUUUCCUUCGUAUGUGGAUCAGUCCGGACACAGGAGACCUACACAUCUUCGUCAUCGGCAUUGACCAUGUCGCUAGACAUUGGGAAGCGGACCCCUAUUGGGACGGGAGGCUCCUACCGCAGGGCUCACAUGUACCAUCUUGGAAGUGGAUUACACCAAGCAAGUACCGCCCUAAGAGUGACUCGAAAUCAAAAGAGGACGACCUUUCCUUCUGGGCUCGUAAAGUGGAGCAGGGGCUAGGACCGUCACCCUCAGACUAUCGCAAACCCCAACCGGAUGGGCAGCCUAAGCUCGUAGACUACUUUGUUAUUGAGGCAUCGAAGAAGCAGGCUGUGCUAGCUGAACAGGAACUGGCGAGCGAGGAAAAGUCUCCCCAUAAAGUGAUCACGGAAGCAUACUCCACAGAAGAGUCUACCACGUCAGAAGACACGGACACUACUGCAGAGUCAUGGCUGUAUCGUGUGGGGGCUGUCAUAAAGAAGAGACUUACAGCAUCAUCGACUGGAGAUGAGUUCAACUUGUGA